CCCCCCCCCACCUAUCGAAAUUGAACCAUGGCGAAUGGAUGCGCGAUCCUCUGCGAAGUCCUGAUCGCAAUCUUGCUCCCUCCGGUCGGUGUCUGCUUCAGACAUGGUUGUUGCAGCGUAGAGUUCUUCAUAUGCUUGGUGUUAACAAUCCUAGGUUACAUUCCUGGAAUAAUUUACGCUCUCUACGCAAUUCUUUGCCUCGAUCCCAGCGUUUAUCGCAAUGACUACUACGCUCCACUCGCCUAGUUGUGUGUGUGUGUGUGUGUGUGUGUGUGAAAUUCUCUGUACGUGAUAAGAUCUCUGGUUUUGAUUUCAACUCCGGCUGUGCAAUCGAUCAACAUCUCUGAUUCCAUUCUUUAUCUGAUCUAUCUAUAUAUCUUAAUUAGUACUCGAUUCGAAUAGUUUGAAGGAUGUAUAUACGUACCGUGGUGUGAAUUGUGAUGAUGACAUAUUGUUGCAUCAGAUUUGUUCUAUGGCGGAA